AUGGGUUCAGGUCAGCCGUCGAAUGAGAUAUUUGUCGUGUUUGAAAGAACGAUAGCAGAGUACGAGGAGGAACUUUCUCGGACGAAAAAGGAGAACGAGCGUCAACGUCAAUUACUGGACGCAGUUUUCAAGACUCAAGAUGAACUCCAUAGAGCAGAGGCCGGUGAAGUUGCUGGUCAUCCUGACCAACAGGAGGAGCCAGAGCCCCACCGCGUUAGCGAGGAAGAAAAAGAGCCCAUCUGCAUUAAAGAGGAAGAAGAGGAGGCUGACGUCACUUCGUUUCCAGUGAUGUGUGUUCCUGUGAAGAUUGAUGACAGUGAUGAUGAUGAUAAUGAUUAUGAUGAUGAAGAAAAAGAAGGUGAUGGAGACCACUGUAGAGGCAACCAAGCAGGCAGCCUGUUAGCUCCAGUUCCAGGUGGUGACAACACAACGUCACACUCUCCUCACCCUGAUGAGGAAAACUCUAAAUGUGAUGUGACAUGUCACAAUGACAACACACGCUGGGAAUGUUCUCAAUGUGACAAAACAUUUGUCUACAAGUCUCUCUUGAAAAAACACAUGAUUAUCCACACCGGAGAGAAACCUUUCAGCUGCUUGUAUUGUGGUAAAGGAUUCUCUCGAAAGGGACAUUUAAUAAGACACACAAGAUCCCAUACAGGUGAGAAACCGUAUACCUGCUCAGUCUGCGGCACAGGUUUUACUGUUCGUUCAGCGCUGGAUAACCACAUGAGGACACACACUGGAGAGAAGCCUUAUCCCUGCCUGGUGUGUGGUGAAAACUUCUCUCAGAAGGGAAACUUAUUAAGACACACAAGAACACACACGAGAGCGCACGCGCAGGAUGACAUUUAUAGUUGCCCCAUCUGUUUCAAAACAUUCUCCCAAAAAGGAUAUUUGAAGAUACACUCAAGAACGCACACUGGAGAGAAGCCGUUUCCGUGCUUAGUCUGCGGUGCACGCUUUAGCGUUCGUUCGGUGAUGGUCAAGCACAUGACAAGAAGACACAAGCAAGACAGAGUUUAGUGUCAGUGAGAUUCAAUAUGAUGGAUUCAAAUUAGUCGUAGGGGGAAAAAGCGUGUGUGUAUUUCCUUUUAAUUUUUAAAUUAUUUUCAGAAACAAAUGUUGCGAUGGAAAUUUGGUUAACUUCCAUAAAUCACAUAACAACACGCUUCAUCUUAUACCAUAAGGCACUUGUGUGUGGGGAUUUAUUUUUUCGCCACGUUGUCGUUAAUGGUUCCUAACCACUGAAUGUCUUAAAUACAUUGAAAAUUUUCAGGUAUUUUCAUCUCCAAUCAUAUUGUUAAGAUGAAAAAAUGCUUUUUGUUGAAUUUUGUUCUGGAGUCACAUCUUGAUGUAAGUAUUCACAAAAUGAUACAACAUGAGCUAUUGCUGCUUAAACGUGGAAAAAAGAAAAUCCUCUUAGACUGCGUCCUGUCUUUUACAUGUUUUUGCUGUUCAUUUUCAAGCCAACACAGUACUGUAUACUGGUACAAAA